UUUUUUAGCUUCGUGGUCAACAUUCGGAAAAUAAAAUCUAAUUUUUGUAGAUUUCCGUCUAAAAUUUUUGAUUAAAAAAGUUGGAAAAAGUUUGCCGCCACGAUGCAGCGCGAGGAGAAGCAGAUGGACAUGCUGCUGGAGGCGAUUCUGAGCCGGCUGAACGACCUGAAGCACUCGAUUGGGGCGAUGAUCCACCGGCUGGAGACGGAGUUCGAGACGAUCAAUUGGCCAACGUUUCUGGACAACUUUGCGCUGAUUUCCAGUCAUCUCACCGGUUUGGCAAAGAUCCUCUCGUCGGAAAUCGGAACUCCCCUUCGCAACCUGACGGUCCUCCCGCUGCUGCUCACCCCGGAACGUGACGAAGCCCUUCUUCAGCUGACCGAGGGUCGCAUUCCGGUCUUUUCGCACGAUCUCGUUCCGGACUACCUGCGCACGAAGCCGGACCCGGGCGCCGAGUCCCGGAUGGCAGCGCACGAGGCCAAGGCAAACAAUCUGCUCACGGAAACGGCCAUCAAACAGGUCGCCCAGUACACCAAGGUCAUUUCGCACGUUUGGGACAUUGUUAGCAAGGCGAAAGAGGAGUGGGACACGGAGGCGUCAUCGCGGCCAGGGAUUCAGCAGACCAGCUCGCUGGCGGACACGCAAGCGCUGGUGGCCGCGGUUGGGCUCGGAAAUGGACUGACGCUGCCGAUGGGACCGGGCGGAGUGCCCAAUCCGGGCCUGAUGAUUCCGCCGGCGAUUAGGCAGGCGUCGCCGAUAAGUGCGGUUUCGCCGGGAGCCGGAAUGGGCAAGAUGCCGUCGGGGAUUAAGACGAACAUCAAGUCCGCGAAUCAGGUGCAUCCGUAUCGGUAAGGGGAGGAAGGCCGGGCAGUUUGGACGCAG